AUGUCUCACGAAGAGGAUCUCAUCGAUUACUCCGAUGAGGAGCUGCAGACCACCGCAGCCCCCGCGACUACUGCCGCUCCCGCUGCGUCUAACGGCGAUGCGGAUAAGAAGGGCGACCUGACCGUCUCCGGUGGCCGCCCUGACAAGAAGGGCAGCUAUGUCGGCAUCCACUCGACCGGUUUCCGCGACUUCCUGCUGAAGGGCGAACUCCUGCGCGCCAUCACCGACUGCGGCUUCGAACAUCCAUCGGAGGUCCAGCAAGUCUGCAUCCCGACUGCCAUCCUCAACGUCGACGUUCUCUGCCAGGCCAAGUCCGGUCUCGGAAAGACCGCGGUCUUUGUCUUGACCACUCUCCACCAGCUGGAGCCUGUCCCUGGCGAGUGCUCUAUUCUUGUUAUGUGCCACACUCGUGAGCUGGCCUACCAGAUCAAGAACGAGUAUGCCCGUUUCUCCAAGUAUCUCCCCGAUGUCAAGACCGCCGUGUUCUACGGUGGUACUCCCAUCCAGAAGGACGUCGAGGUGCUGUCGAACAAGGAGACCUACCCCAACAUUGUCGUUGCCACUCCCGGUCGUCUGAACGCUCUGGUCCGUGACAAGAAGCUGUCAUUGCGCAAUGUUAAGGCCUUUGUCCUUGACGAGUGUGACAAGAUGCUCGACCAGAUUGAUAUGCGCCGUGAUGUACAGGAGAUCUUCCGUGCCACCCCCGCCGACAAGCAGGUUAUGAUGUUUAGCGCCACCCUCUCUCAGGAGAUCCGCCCCAUCUGCAAGAAAUUCAUGCGUAACCCUCUGGAGGUCUACGUCGAUGACGACACCAAGCUCACUCUGCACGGCCUGCAGCAGUACUACAUCAAGCUUAGCGAGCAGGAAAAGAACCGGAAGCUUAACGAGCUUCUGGAUAAUCUGGAGUUCAACCAGGUUAUCAUCUUCGUCAAGAGCACUAUGCGUGCUAACGAGCUGGACAAGCUGCUGCGCGAGUGCAACUUCCCCAGUAUCGCUGUGCACUCCGGUGUCAGUCAGGAAGAGCGUAUCAAACGCUACAAGGAGUUCAAGGAGUUCAACAAGCGUAUCUGUGUUGCCACCGACGUCUUCGGUCGUGGUAUUGAUAUCGAGCGCAUCAACCUGGCCAUCAACUACGAUCUCCCCGCCGACGCUGACUCAUAUCUGCACCGCGUCGGACGUGCCGGCCGUUUCGGAACCAAGGGUCUCUCCAUCUCCUUCGUCAGCAACGAGGAUGACGAGAAGGUUCUCAAGGAGAUCGAGAAGCGCUUCGAGGUUGCCCUUCCGGAGUACCCCGAGGGCGGUGUCGAUUCGUCGACCUACAUGGCUUAA